AUGACAAUGGAAGGUUUUAUCUGUUCUCAACAUUGGAAAAGGUACGUGCCGGCAGUUCUUCUUUUUCUUGCCACCUUGAAUUCCACUUCAGCCGUAACACACUAUUCUGUCCCCGAGGAACUCGAAGAAGGCUCUGUCGUUGCAAAUUUAGUUGGAGAUUUGGGACUAGAUGUGAAGACGUUAGUCGAACGGAAAAUGCGCAUUGAGAUAAUUGCCAAUAGGAAAUAUCUGGACGUGAACAAAGAAACGGGAGAGCUGUACAUUGUUGAACGAAUUGACAGAGAAUCUCUUUGUCCCGCAAAGACAUCCUGUUAUCUGAAAAUGGAAGCAAUAAUUGAAAACCCCAAACGAAUAUUUUACAUCGAAUUAGAGAUACUGGACAUAAACGACAACGCACCUCACUUUAGAAGAGACACCAUAGAUUUAGAUAUUUCAGAAGCUACACAACCUGGUGAGCGUUUUUCUGUAAGCAAUGCAGUUGACCAAGACGUUGGUUCAAACUCUGUAAAAACAUACCGCUUGAGUGAAAGUGAUUAUUUCACAACCGAGAUUCAAACGGGAAGAGAUGGAUCUAAAUUUGCUGACUUGAUCCUGAAAAAAAAAUUAGACCGAGAGCAGCAGGCUGUUCAUUAUUUAAUACUUACAGCAGUAGAUGGCGGUAUGCCAUCUCGUUCUGGUACUGCCAGCAUUAUAGUUCAUGUUUUGGACACAAAUGACAACGCCCCUACAUUUGAUGAAGACAGCCACAACAUCACUAUAAUGGAAAAUUCUCCCACUGGAAGUCUUGUUAUUCACCUCAAUGCAACUGAUAUGGAUGAAGGGUCUAAUUCCGAUUUAAUAUACUCAUAUAGUUUGUAUACGUCGGAGAAAACCCAAGAGACGUUUAAUUUAAACCCAAGUACAGGUGAGAUUACUGUAAAAGGAGUGUUAAAUUAUGAAGAUGUCAGGAUUUAUGAUAUGGAAGUUAUUGCAACUGAUAAAGGAGCCAAUGCUUUGUCAGGACAAUGUAAACUGAAAAUUUUUGUGGAGGACAUGAAUGACAAUCACCCAGAAAUAUCUAUUAAAUCAUUUCAGAGUCCAGUCAAUGAAAACAUAGAAUUAGACACAGUGAUAGCUGUAGUUAGUGUGAGUGAUAAAGACUCAGGUGACAAUGGAGUGGUUGAUCUUCAUAUUCCAGAUAAUAUGCCUUUCAAACUGAGAGAAUCAUCUGAUAACUAUUAUGAAUUAGUGGUGUCAGAGCCGUUAGACCGUGAGAAGGUUCCAGAAUAUGACAUCACUUUCACUGUUACAGACAGAGGUUCUCCUCCUUUAUCUGACAAUGAAACUAUGACUUUAGAGCUGCUAGAUGUUAAUGACAAUGUUCCACAGUUCCCUCAGUCAUUUUCUACUAUACGUGUAAUGGAGAAUAACGCACCUGGGGCCCUGCUCAGUUCACUCACUGCCUUUGACCCUGACCUCCAUGAAAACCAGUAUCUAGUUUAUUUCAUCCUAGAGAAAGAGAUAGCCAACACCUCCAUGUCCAUGCUGUUCUCCAUCAAUCCAGAAAACGGUAAUCUUUACGCACUAAAAACUUUUGACUAUGAGAUCGAGAAGGAGUUUCUUUUCCACAUUGAGGCCAGAGACUCUGGCUCUCCUCCACUCAGCAGUAACGUGAUUGUUCACAUCAUUAUUGUGGACCAGAAUGACAACGCUCCAGUUAUUGUCUCUCCGUGGCGCGCGCACGGCUCAGUGGUGGAGGAAAAGAUCCCCAGAUCCACCGAUAAAGGCUCUCUGGUUGCCAAGGUGAUAGCCUUAGACACAGACUCGGUGCACAACUCUCGGAUUACCUACCAGUUUCUACAAGUGACUGACGCCACCUUGUUCAGUCUGGAUCAAUACAACGGAGAGAUCCGGACUAUGAGGAUGUUCAGUUACAGAGAUCCACGCCACCAGAGACUGGUUGUUGUUGCCAAGGACAACGGGGAGCCGGCUCUCUCUGCUACAGUCACCAUCAAGCUGUCCACAGUGGAGACUGCUGUUAAGGCCUACUCUGACAUGACUGAGGUGCCUCUAGAGUAUGACAUCUUCUCAGACCUCAACCUGUACUUGGUGAUCGGUCUGGGCUCGGUGUCAUUUCUCCUGCUCAUCACCAUAUUGGUCACCAUCGUGCUCAAGUGCCAGAAACCCAAACCCAGCAAAGCAGCUCCUCCCUGCAGGAACAGCGUGAUCAGUGAGAGGAACUCAACCAUCGCAGAUUCCACUCUGGUCUCCAACGAUGCCUACUGGUACAGUCUGUUUCUAGCAGAGACCAGGAAAGGAAAGCUGGUGGUCAGACAGCCUGUGCCAAAGGGCUCCAGAUACAUCGUGUCCAGUAUACCAAGAGGCACAGGAGUGACAGACACUAGUGACUCAGCAGCUUCCACUCUGCAGGUAGGAAUCAAAUGCUAUCUAGUUUAUUUCAUCCUAGAGAAGGAGAUAGCCAACACCUCCAUGUCCAUGCUGUUCUCCAUCAAUCCAGAGAACGGUAAUCUUUACGCACUAAAAACUUUUGACUAUGAGAUCGAGAAGGAGUUUCUUUUCCACAUUGAGGCCAGAGACUCUGGCUCUCCUCCACUCAGCAGUAAUGUGACCAUUCACAUCAUUAUUGUGGACCAGAAUGACAACGCUCCGGUUAUUGUCUCUCCGUGGCGAGCCCACGGCUCAGUGGUGGAGGAAAAGAUCCCCAGAUCCACAGAUAAAGGCUCUCUGGUUGCCAAGGUGAUAGCUUUAGACACCGACUCAGUGCACAACUCUCGGAUUACCUACCAGUUUCUACAAGUGACUGACGCCACCUUGUUCAGUCUGGAUCAAUACAACGGAGAGAUCCGGACUAUGAGGAUGUUCAGUUACAGAGAUCCGCGCCAUCAGAGACUGGUUGUUGUUGCCAAGGACAACGGGGAACCUGCUCUCUCUGCUACAGUCACCAUCAAGCUGUCCACAGUGGAGACUGCUGUUAAGGCCUACUCUGACAUGACUGAGGUUCCUCUAGAGUAUGACAUCUUCUCAGACCUCAACCUGUACUUGGUGAUCGGUCUGGGCUCAGUGUCAUUUCUCCUGCUCAUCACCAUAUUGGUCACCAUCGUGCUCAAGUGCCAGAAACCCAAACCCAGCAAAGCAGCUCCUCCCUGCAGGAACAGUGUGAUCAGUGAGAGGAACUCCACCAUCGCAGAUUCCACUCUGGUGUCCAACGAUGCCUACUGGUACAGUCUGUUUCUAGCAGAGACCAGGAAAGGAAAACUGGUGGUCAGACAGCCUGUGCCAAAGGGCUCCAGAUACAUCGUGUCCAGUAUACCAAGAGGCACAGGAGUGACAGACACUAGUGACUCAGCAGCUUCAACUCUGCAGUACUGA